GAAGCAGAAACUGGGAACUGGGAUCCACGCCGGCAAUAGGUCUCCUACUCCUACGCAAGAAUUGGAUUCCGCCGACUGGCCACUGACAGGUAGGCCACGAGGAAUCAAUCGGCCUGUCCCAACCAGAGGAAUCUGUGGGGCGGGCGCAGAGCAGGCAAGAGCAUCUGGCUGGCUGGUAGGGUGGAUAGCAAUUUGGCGCUGAUUUGAUGCCGGCCACUUUCAUCGAUCAGCCAUGGUGGGGAAAGAAGCGCUGGUUCGAUGAAGCUGCAUAAAUAAAGCCAGCACGCGAACCAGCAGCGUUCAGGGGAAGACCAUUUACAUAUAUGCCCUUGCCCCGGUUCCUUUCCCCGGCCCCAACUCCAUUAUUUGCUUGAUCCUUGACGAGCGGGAGAGAGAGAGAGAGGAAGACGAGAGGCAGCGAAGGAAACAGUAGUUCUUCAGUUAGGCAGGAGGGCACAGGAGGAGGAAGAUGGCGUCGAAGAGGAUCCAGAAGGAGCUCAAGGAUCUUCAGAAGGACCCUCCCACCUCGUGCAGUGCAGGUCCUGUUGGUGAAGAUAUAUUCCACUGGCAGGCAACAAUAAUGGGUCCAUCUGAUAGCCCAUAUUCUGGUGGAGUUUUCCUAGUUACAAUCCAUUUUCCUCCCGAUUAUCCUUUCAAACCACCAAAGGUGGCAUUCCGCACCAAGGUGUUCCAUCCAAACAUCAACAGCAACGGGAGCAUCUGCCUUGACAUCCUGAAGGACCAGUGGAGCCCGGCGCUAACCAUCUCCAAGGUGCUGCUGUCCAUCUGCUCCCUGCUGACCGAUCCGAACCCCGACGAUCCUCUGGUCCCCGAGAUAGCGCACAUGUACAAGACGGACCGGAACAAGUACGAGAACACCGCGAGGACCUGGACCCAGAGGUACGCCAUGUAGGGAGGGGGUACCCUACCUGGCCCUUUGGGGGUCCGCCGGAAUUGCCGCUGCUGCGUUGUGUUCCUGGACCUGGACCUGGACUGGAGACUGGACGUGUCUCCGUGUAUUCGAUCCUGUGCUGUAUAAUGAUGCAUCAGAUUGGGUUUGCAGUGCAGUGCGCCGUGUGGUGCUGAAUGCUGUAUUGUGCCGCUUGGAGGCUGUAAUUCUGAAUGCCAAAAAACUGGUGAUUGGAACCAUUUUGCGUUGGAUGCUGCUGCAGACGAGGCCAUGUUUGCGUCCGUCGUAUUGGAAGAAAGGGCGAUCCGGAGCAGGUGGUUUCAUUUUUUUUACCGGCAUUUCAAUUCUUUUUUUUUUCACUAAGGAGGCCUUGGAUCAGGAAUUAGAAUCUAUUUAAUAGAGUAGACUAUCUGGUUUGGAAUUCGACAUUCCACCACUUUCUAAAGUCUACCUCAAAUUUAUAUUUAUAGGGUGGAGAAUAGAAAUUGAUUCCAUGUAUCUUCGAACUGUGUUUCUAUUCUGCAAUCUGUAACAUGUUGUUCCGCUUGCUCUCCUACAAUAAAAAUGUAUGGAGUAGCAUAUAUAA